UCAAAUAUUUCUACUACAUAUAAUAUUAUAAGCAUGGCCAUCAAGAGUGUUUCAGUUCUUGUUUUCAUGCUACUUAUACUUUUCAUUGGUCGCAAUAUUGAUGCAGAUCAAAAGUGUUGCAAGGAUCAUCCAGAUAUAAGUCCAUGUAUAGCGGGGAAAGAUGAUAAUCCAGAAUUGGAUGGCAAAUGUUGGAGAUAUUGCAAUGAUGAACCUGAAUCAUGUGAGCGUGGAGGAGCUUGUAAAUCAGUUGGGGAAAAGACUUUAUGUCAUUGCACUUGUUCUUAGUUUAAUUUCUACAAAAAUUGAAAUUUGAA